ACGCCUCUGCGAGGCACGAGAUGCAUUCCUCAUCUACGUGACGUGCUGUGUCUUUAUGCCGCGUGAAUCGUCCUGGCCCGGCGAGCAAGGUGCACGCACGUGUGACCGGUGUUCCUAACAGUUCUUCUCGUCGUUCGAGGAAGCCAGUUUCGUGAUCGUGGUUGAUUCGGCAAGCUCGCACGCCAAACGUGCCAACAAAAUUCUGCAUUGGAUAAUCCCAGUCCCUUUUGAUACACAUGGAUAACGAAGUAUUCAAAGUAUUCGACGUUCUUCAUUGCGGCAAUUUCGAGAAGACAACGGAGACGUUGCAAAGAAAGUGAAAACGGCGCGAUCGAACGUUUCCGAGGCGAGCAGGAAGAAGAUCGUGAGACAUCGGUGGGAAUUUUGAACUGUAGACUGUAGCGACGCUCUGUCGGAGGACAUUGCAUUUAAAAUUGACAACACAUGGUGCAACGGGAACGCGUGUGGCCGGUGUCCGUUCGAAAUCGAAACGUUGCAGAGUGAAACGUUUUCAGAUAUUGUUGUAAGACAGUGUCCUUCUGCCGAGGAACUCUUGUGACACUGUCGCGCACAGCCGUCAGUGAAAAUAUAGGAAACGUCGAGUAUACCGUUAUACCGAGGUUUUCUACCGAGGGAUCGUUCGUUUGCCUAGAUCUCAAAAAGUGAACACGGCACGCGUCGAAAGUACAAUUACGACGGACUUCGAUUGUUCUUAGGUAUUACGAAAAUCAGUAUCGGCAUAUUUUUCGAUAACAAUUGACUCGAGAUAAAAUGUAACGUCGCAUGAAUAAAUCGUGGAUCGUUAGUGAAAUUGUUCAGUGAAGAAUUCAGAAAAGAACAGCGGCAACUUCGAUUUCAAAAGUUUUAAGGAUAACGUCGACAUUUUCGGAGGCGACGACACUUGCCGCGAAUGGUUUGCUGCAGAGUUUCGCGGGAUAUUCGGUUUGAUCGGUGCAAGAGCCAUGCUACUGGACCGGUAUCACGGAUCGCGAGAAAUCGACGUAGAACCGGGAGAAUCGGAUCAUUCGCCAGACACCAUCCGGACCGAAUAAAGUCAAAUAAGAUUGUCGGCCAAUAAUCGAGGAUCGACACACGUGAUCGAUCCAACAGCUUGCAACCUACGGCCUCCCCGCUGGCCUGGCCAGCUACUAUGCGAAUUGAAGCUCUCAGCACCCUUGUCGCGGUGGUUUGGCUGACCGCAGUCCUGUGCCCGCGGCUUGCUGCCGCCAACAACCUAACGUUAUCCUCCUCGUCUCGUAAGACCAGGGAACAUCCAUACAGGGGACAUAUCUCUCGCUGGACGCAGGCCUUGGAGGACACGACCAGGCGGAUGACUUAUCGAGAGAUGAACAUGAUUCUACGACACGAAGGAGGUGAGGACGGCCUUCCAGUGGAUUGCUGCCCUACGGUAGAGGAAAUGGUGGAACCGGUCGGCGGUCGAAAUCGGGAAAACAUGUACGUCCAGCUGUAUCGGGAUGGCCAGAACGCCCAGAGGUUCUUCGAGUACUCCUGCAGGCCAGACGUCCUCGACAAGCCGUGCAGGUUCAUCGACCGGAAGUUCACUAACCAGUCCAGAUGUGUGCAGAAGUUCUCAUACACAUACGCUAUUAUUGAAAAUUCUGGAUCGACGGGCGGAAAGGAGGAACACGGUAGGCAUCGGCACAGAGAACGUAUGAUCCCUACGUUCGCUGGAAACACGGUGGGUGGAUCGAUGUGGACGUUGGACUACAUUAAGGUGCGAAGUGGGUGCAGCUGCGAGGUCAUGCCGAAGCCGAAGAAGAAAAAGAAAUACAAGAAGAGCAAGCCAAGGGACCAUGACUUGGAUCCGGAGACCUGAGAUCUGUACAACCGUAGAAUCAGGACAGAUCGAUCUACCUCCGUGCACGCGAUUCCACCGAUGAGAGGAGCAUUGCCUCGAGCAACGAACAAUACCCGUCGAAACUUUACCAUCCGAUAGAAUCAUGAAACGCGUUCCAAACCGAUGCGAUAUUUGUAUAAAUUGUAACACGGUGAACGAGGUGUUCUUUCUUUUCUCGGAUUGUACAGGAUCGAAAUGUUACCAAUGGAAGAGUUCAAUAUUAUCGUUGAAAGUGCCUCGAUGGAAGCCUGUGUCGUUUCUACCAGUGGAUCAUCGACGUGGAUCGCGAUUGUUUUAGAACGAUUGUUUCUAUUAUUGUAUUUAUCACGUGAUAAGGUAUUAAUAUAUUAAGAUAGAGGAGGUUCCGCCAAACUGUAUUCCGCUUGUUUUUGAUAAGAGAUUGAUAUUUUUAGAUGACGGUGAAAAUAAAUGUAGUAGUACAACGAUGUCAGUAGAAUCUCCUUCGAGUGGGUAUAAUAGUGGAUAGACUGAUAUUACGAUACAAAGAGCUGAACGUGCAAAGUGUUUGAUGUCUGCGUUUUCUAAAUUGUCAGGAAAGUAUAAUCGUAUGCUAAAA